AUGUCGAACGAAAAUAAAGGCGAAGAAAAAGAUAAAAGGGUCAAAAUACAGGUGGAGGGCGAAGAUGAAGUGGAAGGUGAGGCUGGUAGGAGGAAGAUGAAGAGGUUCCAACUUCCUAAUCUACCUCGAUGGUGGCAGGCGAAAAUCAUUCAAUAUGCCUUCGCGCAUCCGCACGUCCGCGCCCGCCUGGAGAAGCACAUGGGCUCAAACCUGGUGAGGCUGACGGACAAGAACUACAUGAACGAACUGGAGGAGAGGAUACGAGCUGUCAAUGAAGAGAACCUCAAUAAGAGGAUAUCUAGCAGAGUCCUCGAUGAAAUGGAGAGACUCAAGCGCCUUAUAUUAGUCGGAAAGACACCAUUAAAGGAAUGCCCGCCGGAAUUAUUUAAUCAUCCAGUUUUUGUAUUUUGGAGAAUGGUGAAUAGAGAAGUUGCGAAAGCGUCGAAGAAACGAGCUGAUGCGUAUUAUAGGAAGCUGAAAUCGUCACAGAAAUUGGAUCAAGCACUCGAAGAAGAAGCUGAACCCGAGGUUACGGAGGAAGAGGGUGAACAGCUAAGUGCAGAACAGUUAUUAGCAAAAUGUCGCGCUGAACUGGAAGAACUGAAGCAGGUCGACAUCGAAAAGGGCGUUCGGUUCACUGACGAACAGUUUGCACUUCUCAAAUAUGAAACCAAUGAUGUGAAGACCCUGAAAACAUUAACAACUGUCGAAGAACUUUACGCCUUGGCUGAUAAAAUAAUUGGAACAAAACGAGUUUGA